AUGGCGGUGAAUGGGAAUUUCAAUGACUGCAUCAACUCAUUUUCUGAUGAAGUUCAAACUACAGUCGAAGACAUUUUACAAAAUAGCGAUAGAGACUAUUUAAUGGAAAUUCCAGAUGACUCUUUGUUCAACAACGGGAACAUACAAUUCAAAAAUUUAUUGGAUGAUAUAGAUUUAGAUUAUAAAUUAUCACCAGACGAUAAUGCAACAGACCAAGUUAAGUCCCAAAUUGAGAACCACAAUACCAACAUUGCUAAUAAGUGUAAAGAAUUUGUUGUUACAUCCACCUUUUUAAAUGUGAUCAAUUCAAGAGUUCAAGUAUUUGUAGAAUCUGAUAUGGCCGAAGAGGCAAAGUUUUUUAAUGCAAUUGCAUUGAUUUUGGACUUUGAAGUGUCAUUGUUUCUUAAUGUUGAUCCAAUUUUUAAGCAAGUUUAUUAUGAUAGUAUUCUGAAAAUUACAAAACAAUUGUUUCUUAUCUCAACGGCGGUUAUCGAGAAAUUUUGGUCCUAUUUGGAGACAAGGGUUCCCAUUAUUUUGAAAAAGUUAUAUCAAAAUACACCUUCCGAGAGAAUGUCAUUGUUGGAGAUGUGCAACCAUUUGACUGAUAAUUUGAUUGUGAAAAAUAAAGAAGGACAGAGAGACUCAUAUAAAAAGGAUAGUUUCAACGACCGGUUUCAGGCUAGAGUGAGGUUUUUUAUAACAAGCAUUUUAAACUUUGAAGACAAUACAGGAUUGAACAAGUAUUUUCAUGUUUCCGAUAGAGCUUCAUCUAGUAUCCAAACUAAGGAUCCUUAUUUGGAAGAUCUUCUUGAGAUACAGAAACUUUUCAACAAUCCAUUGCAAUAUUUGAAAAGAGAAAACCAAAAAAAAUUAAGAGUACUUGUUGGGAAAGUUGAGAAGGUAAGUAAAGAAUUAUUAAUACAAGAAAAUAUUUUCAGAUCUUCACAUCCAUCAUGGGACCAGUUUCUUAUUUUACCACCGAAAUCGGAAGCUGAGAAAGAUUAUUUGACAGAGAAGUUUUCUAAAUCGUCAUACGUUCCUGAGAACUACUUUAUUUCGUUGUUUCAAGAAAAUGAUAGAAAACAACAAGCGGAAGAUGCUCAGAUGUUGAAUGAAAUAAUGAGAAAGCCUGUGGCGAGAAUGCAAUGCAUUCAGCUGAUUUAUGUUGUUGCACAUUUUUUUUCAGAGUUAUCAGUUAAAAAUAAAAACCAGUUUUUGAGUUCAAUACAUGCACCUCCUAAUAUCAAACAUUUCGUGGAUGGUGUUUUGCCCGAUGAUAUUGUAUCAUCUUUUGGUAAUGUGAAAAAAGAUAUAAUGCAUACUCUUAGGGCGACUGAUCCACAUUGGUUGUUUCUACUUCAACAUUUAACAAUAUCGGAAAAGAAUUGGUGGAGUUGGCUUACUUAUGGAAAAAACUCUAAAACUAACAAGUCGUUUUUUUUCGAUAAGAACUUAACGUCGGACGAUAUUCAUAACACGGAGGACACGUUCAAGAGCAUUUACCCAUAUAAAGAUAAAAAGUAUUUCAAUACCUUUGUGACUCCUCAGGUUACUAGAAAGAUGAAAAUUCAACGGGGGUUAUCUCAAAUAGAACGCGCUGAUGUGUUUUCAAUCAAUGAUUCCAAAUUUGAAAUUGACACUAUAGACAACGAACUUUCACAGACAACUGACGUCAACAAUAGAAAUGAGCUUUUGGAAAAGAAAUCAUUACUUACAUGGAGAGUAUUAAGAGAGCAAAGAUCAUCUGACUGGUUGAAAGCCACCCAAGCUUUACGAGCUAAAGCAGUUUCAGAUCAAGAAAGAAAUGCUGAUAAUGAAACAAAGGAAGACGAUUCAGAAGGUAUUGCUAAAUCUCAAAAAAGAACUUUGACUGAGUCUGUGGAUGAUGAUUCACCUGAAGAAAAGAAAAUAAGGUUAGAUGAACAAAUUAAUAGUGAAAAUUCUGAUGAUGUAUCCGAAAAGGAUCCUCAAAAUCAUGUGAUUAGUGAAGCCAAUGAUGCCAGCGCGGACAGUGAUGGUGAAAAUCAUGAUGCAGUUGAUGUGGACAUCAAGUAG